AAGACGGUUAAGGGGUUAUGUUGUCAUCUUGUUAGGUUAAUUUUGAUGAAUUGGAACUCUAUUAUGUAGGGAGGGGUGGUUAUAUGAUCCGGUCCGGUUAAAUUUGUCCGAAUUAAUCUGAUUUUAGAUUGAGUUUGUGGGGAUUUGAGUAGCCUGAGACCUCUGAAAGGGUGAGGAGUUAGGUUAAAUUUUAGGUGUUAGGCUCUCUUAUCUGUUCUUUAUCCGGUUUUCGGUCUGGUCCCGAACGGUUUUUUACAUCAAAUCUAAGCCCGAAAAUGAGAUUGUAUUGUUUGCUAUCCGAUCCCGGUCCAAUUUUUGUCUGAAUAAUACGAUCUGAUUUCGAGUAAAACCAAAAAAUUCGAACUAAAUAGCCACACUAGACAGUACAAAGGAAAAAAACCCUACGGCGAUGAUAAUUAAGUUAUUUCAAAUUUGACCGAAAUUCCUAAAAUUCAAAGUUUAGUGACCGAUUUGGUAGUUGUCACAAACUUCAGUAACUGAUUUCUCGGUCAAAUUCCAUUUAGGUACUCCUCCGACCUCCGUCUUUCUUCUGCCCUUAUUCUUUGCCGGCCUCUCUCUCUCUCUCUCUCAGUGCUUUAUCUCUUCUUCAACGCCGGCGCAUCUAAAAGCCAAGGCCAAAUACCUCGCAGUUGUUGGGGGUACAUCAAAAGCUGAAAGGUAAAGCUGCAAUCUCAAGCAACCUCUCUGGCUCUCUGCUCUUGCUCUGCCUUUGUUUUUAAACUAGUUUCAAAUACAUACCUUUUCACUGUCGCCGGCUACCGCUCCUACCAAAUUCAUCCUGCAAUUGGAUAUCAUCAGUUUAUAUUAUUUGCAGGGCUGCUUGUUAAUUAGGAAAAGAUGACAACGGUAGAAUCAGGUACGAGUCGCCCUCGUAAAACAUCGCACGGCGGUAUUCCUUCUGCCGCCGAUGCAACAGCUAAAGUUCAUCAGAGCGCAAUUGGGUCGUUCAAAAGAUGGGGUAGGAGACAUCCGUUUGUGAGAUAUGGGCUUCCCAUGAUUUCCCUCACAGUGUUCGGUGCUCUUGGCCUUGGUCAUCUCUUGCAGGGCAGCAAGGAUAUUGCUAAAGUAAAAGACGAUCAAGAAUGGGAGAUCAUCGAGACUAGGAAGGAACUAUCAAGAACGGGUCCUGUCAAUGCUUAUAACCCGAAAAAGAUUUCUUUGGAGCAGGAGCUACAGGCUCUCCAACAGAAAGUGAACAUAGAUGACUACGAUUACAAAAGAAUUCCAAAGCCUGAUGAAGGCAGAUCAAGCUAGCCUGAAGCUUUUCUAUCCUUUCUCAGCCUCAUAAAGCAUCGAGACUUCAGACAUUGCUCUGGAUCCAGGUCCUACGCACUUGCUGGUUGACUCUUAAAGGGAUCGACGCAUCAAAAUUUUGGCUCAAGUAUUGUUAAUAGCUGCUUCCGGUGAAAUGGUUCCUAGCUUUACGGAUCUGAAGUUAUCUUAGCAGGUUGGUUGAAUCGUAGGUUGAACUAAACUGAAACUUUGGCAGUUGUUCUGCAGUUUUCCUUGGAGCAAUAUUGGCAAAUAUUUAGUGUUUUAUUUGUUCGUGCUAUCUUGUCAUGUGUGCUGAACCUCUGCCUGGGCCAUAUGAGGCAGUAGGCACUGAGGCUCCAAAUCACAUACUGAACAAAGUUAAAAUGCCAGA